GCUCUUUGUAUUCUCCCAGUACAUUGUAUCCUCUUCUUACACCAUUUCUAUUUAUUUAUAUACUCCUAUCACUUUUAUAUCCUCCAUCUUCCAUUCUACUUUUCAGCUUUGCAUCUCAAUCUCACUCCUUCUCUUUAUCCCAGUACAGAACUACAUAUACACACACAUACUAGUAAUACCAUUGAAAAUAGUUGUUCAAAGUUUGAAUUUUGGCACCUGGGUUUUGUUCAAAAUUGUUUCUUUUUAGGUGGGUCUGCUUUGGUUUCUUUUAAUUCUCUUGCUUUUGUGUUCGUUUGUGGUGUUCUUGUUGUGUCAAUUGGGUGUAUUUUGAAUUGUGAAAUUUUGGUAAUGGAAGGUAAUGGUAUGCCUAAUGGGAUGUUUUCUGGUAUAAAUUCUGGAAUGUUGGGGCUUGAAAUGUCACCACAGCAGUAUCAGCAUUUACAGGCCCAGCAAAACCCUCAAAACCCCCAAAACCCUAACUUAUCUCAACAACACCCGCACACACAUCACACUAUGGUUUCUUUUGGGCAGAAUGAGGUUGAUCAUCACCACACUCAGAAUCAGCAAGCUGUUAAACAGGGUUAUCCGUAUGGCGCGAAGCCUCGGACUCAACAGCUGACAUUUAGUGAUGAUGAUGAGGCUGGUGUUGGUGCUGAGGAUAGUGGUGGAAAGCGGAAUGCUUCUCCUUGGCAGAGGAUGAAAUGGACUGAUGGGAUGGUGAAGUUGUUGAUUAUGAUGGUGUUUUAUAUUGGGGAUGAUCAAGGGGUUUCGGAAGGGAAUGAUGUGGCGGGGAAGAAGAAGGGUGGUGGUGGAGGUGGGGCUUUACAGAAGAAAGGGAAGUGGAAAUCGGUGUCUAAGGCUAUGAUGGAAAGGGGGUUUUUCGUGUCUCCCCAACAAUGUGAGGAUAAGUUUAAUGAUUUGAACAAGAGGUAUAAGAGGGUUAAUGAUAUACUUGGGAAGGGAACUUCUUGUAAGGUUGUGGAGAAUCAGAGUUUGCUUGAUACGAUGGAUCAUUUGUCGCCCAAAAUGAAGGAGGAAGUUAGGAAAUUGCUGAAUUCUAAGCAUUUGUUUUUCAGGGAAAUGUGUGCCUAUCAUACUAGUUGUAAUGGCGGUGCUCAGCAUUCAGCAGAGGCAGGAGCGGAUUCGUCUCAUGUCCAGCAGCAGCAGCAGCAGCAACAAAGAAGGACAUGUUUGCAUUCGUCUGACAACUCACCGAAUGUGCAUAAUUUGGGUAGAACAGACACCGAAGGGUCUAAGAUGAUGAAAGGGGUAAGCGUGGAAGAAGAGGAUGAUGAUGAGGACGACAAUGAUGAUGAAGAUGAAGAUAAUGAUGAAGUGGAAGGUGGUGCAAGAGGUCAUGAACAUGAAUCUGAUUUAGAUGUUAAGAUCACCUCGCACAAAAGAACAAGAAACGAAACGUAUGCUCCGGAUUCAAAUUCAUUCCAAGAAUUCAAUAAUGAAUUGAAAUAUGUAAUACAAGAUGGUACAAAGAGUUCAUGGGAGAAAAGGCAAUGGAUGAGGAUCCGGUUGAUGCAAUUGGAAGAACAUCGAAUGCAUCAUCAGUGCCAGGCAUUUGAACUGGAAAAGCAGAAGAUGAAAUGGCUGAAGUUCAAGCACAAGAAGGAGAGGGACAUGGAGGCAGAGAGGCUAGCCAACGAGCGAAUGAGGCUCCAAAAUGAGAGAAUGGUUCUUAUUCUUAGGCAGAAAGAGCUGGAAUUGCUGGAUAGUCAACAGCAACAUCAGUCAUGUAACAGGAGUUCCAUGGCUGGCUAGCCUUAUUAACUGAGAUCUUGUAUAGUGCUUUAUAGGAAAUAUAGCUGCUCUUAUGUUUUUCA